UUUCACUUUCUUUUCCUCGGAAACGGACUCACCUCUCUCCAACUGUGUGGUUAUUAUUCGCCACGUCUGGAUUUGCACGCAGCAGCCAAUAUGCAGAAGGAAACAGGAGAAAAAAUCGGUCUGGGUGGCUUUACAUUUGGACUCCAAACCAAACCUUCCACGACUCCAGCUACCUCAGCCAAGCCUGUUUUCAGCACAUCAGCAGGAUCCAUAAGUUGUCUCAGCAAAGUUACAAGUGCCAGUUCAACGGAGAAAAGGGAGGACAAACCUUUGUUUACAUUUCCAGCAGCACUGGGCUUGAAGCAGGACCAUGGCAGCCGUCGCAACCACGAUCCAGUGGAACUUUUGAGACGAGAAAUCACAAAGCUGCCUGCAAAGACGCCAAGAGCUCAGCUGGAAUUUCAAUGGAGAAACAUGGAGUGGACAGAAGAGCAAAGGACAAGCCUGAUGAAGACCGUCAGCUCAUACAGACCGAGCUGUGAGGAGGUGACUCAGGCUCGGGUUCUCCUCCUGGGGCCGGUUGGUUGUGGAAAGUCCAGCUUCAUCAGUUCAGUUCAGUCUGUGUUUAAUGGAAGAGUCACCAACCGGGCCAUGGUGGGCUCCUCCUCGACCAACUUCACCAAGAAGCUGCAGUCCUUCAGCAUCCAGGGUGGGGAGGAAAAAGACCCUACUGGACUGGUGCUGUGUGAUAUUGGUGGGAUGGGGGGUGGAGAGAUGACUGGACUGACCCUUUAUGACAUCUUGUCUGUCAUAAACGGUCAUGUACCCGAGGGACACAAGUUCCGUCCAGAUCAGCCAGUGAGGUCUGAGACUGUAGGCUAUGUGAAGAGGCCCAGCCUCAAAGACAAGAUCCAUUGUGUGGCCUUUGUGGUGGAUGCCUCUAAAAUCGUGACCUACUCCAAACUCUUCAGCACCACCUUCCAGCGGCUCCGAGAGCACAUCAGUGACCUGGGUGUCCACCAGGUGGCUCUGCUCACCCACAUUGACCAGAUUUGUCCAGAAACGGCCAAAGAUGUCACCCAGGUUUACAAGAGCCGUGUCAUUCGUGACAUGAUGGGUAAAGCUGGAGAUCUGUUGGGCAUGUCCACCUCUUACAUCGUCCCGGUGAAAAACUACUCGUCUGAGCUGGACCUGGAUGACAACACUGACGUGCUUCUGCUUAGUGCUGUCGACCACAUCCUGCAGUAUGCUGACCUGUUUUUCCAAGACAAUACACCACAGCACACAGGGCCAAAGACAGACUAAACAUAUAUUUCUGAGCAUUUGAACUAUGUAUUCAAACCAUUUUAAGAAAAUCCUCAUUCACAUGUAAAGGAAGGGACUUGGUGUGUAGGAUUUAAACAUUUUCAACCUCAGCGAAUCCUAGUGGUGUCAGAGAUGUAGUAUUGUCACAUAAAUUGCUUUUUAGUUUAACCAUGUAAAAUUUAACGCUCCCAGAUUUUUAAUGAAAUUAAAUGAAACAUACUUAUAUGAAUCAGAAUAAAAUCAGUCUUCAAUCA